CCGGCGCAUCCGUGGCCCCGGAUAAUCGAGCAUUUUUCAGUUGAUGUCCAUAAAACGAGCAAAAAUGAUGUUUUUCGUGUGAAGAUUUCGGAAUUUCUGCUGCUCCAUCUCGUCUCGACCGCGCUCCUUGGCCACCCCACUGCAACGCGCGUCUACAAAUAAACGAAGGCCGUUUCGGUGAUGCUCUGGUGACGAUCGCACUAUAUACGGGCUUGUGUGUGUGUGUGGGACGGGAGGGAAAUUCUUGCUCCCUGCGACCGCCAACAGUGUGCGUUUCGGUCUCGCGUCGGGAAAAUGUGAAAUAGGCCGUAGUGCGUAGGACUUCCGUUUUGCGGAACACACAUCAAACAGGAAGCGGGAGUAGUAUAAGGAGUGCGUCACAGUGUGUGCGUGUGUGUACGGAUGUGAAAGAAUUGGCGCAGUGCAAUCCGUGUGCCAGUGGUACAGGAUGUUGUUCCGUGCAGCUCCCGAACUCCUUCCGAGCGAGCGCAUCGUCAACGAGAGGGGGAGCACACGAGUGCUGCUGUGUGGUGCGGUGCUUUUGGGGAGAAAGGUAGUUUCCGGCCGCCUAGUGGCCACCCAGUGCUGUUGGUCAGUGUAGGCCAGCCCGUGGGUAGUACCAGACCUGAAUCUGAAAACUCUUCUGCCCUUUCCGUGUGGGAUUUGGUGGAGAAAAACUAAGCAAUCAAAGUAACCUAAGAAAAUACCGUACCGCCGUGGGAGCAUUGCUGGCAGAAAGACUCGUUUUCAGUGGAGAUUUUACGAUUUUACUACGACGAAGGCUGUUGUAGAUGAAAUUCCAUCCUAAUGGUUGUUGCUUGAGCACCAUUUCCGGUUCUGUGAAUGCGUAAAAUCACCCAUAGACGGAACUGUUUGCCCCUAACUCAAAGUGAUUCGUAUCGAGCAUCUUGUGGUGGUGAUAUUGCUAUUAAAACUGGCUGUUCAAAGAGACAGAAAAAGUAGUGCAAUUGUGUGACACAUUGUUUUUUUUUUUUUAGUGCACGGUCAGAACGCAAGAAGGUUUUUCGGUGUCGUGAUUCAAACGCGUCGUUGAACAUUCCGCGGAGCAUGGCAUAAAAAUGCUUCCCGCUUCAACCGGUGGCCACCAAGCUUCUAUUAUUUAUUUUAUCAUUUCCCCGCACGAGCGACGACGCCUACCGCCACCGCCCAAAUACGCUGCUGAUCACCCCGGCCGCCGAUUGCGAUCGCGAUCGAGCAGCACCACCACCACCGAGUGUGUGGUAGGCCAUCGGCACCAGUACGAAGGAAAGCUUCCGCAAAGCAGAGCGUCCAUUAAGCGCCGUUUUGAAACUGUCCGUAAGCCGACGGCUGUAAAAGGAACAUCCUUUUGGAACUUCUACCACUGCUACCACCAGUACCCCAGGUUCUUCCCAGGUGUCGGGGGCACGGCGAACCGCAACGCAGCAUGCUGAAACCGUUAAAAGACUUGCUUACCUAUUUGCAAAGAAAUGCUAACAGUUCCAAUAUAUUCGGGUUAACAACACCAACAGCAGCAUCCACUACAGCAGCCGCCAGCACGACGAUGAUGGGUCCAAACGAAGCUCCUAGGAUGGAGGAAACGAUUAUUGUGAGCGAGGAGCUGUCCGUGGUGGAGGACGGUGGCGAUCCGCUGUACGAUCCGCUCGCACUGGACGACUGCCCCGGGGCGGACGUCGUGAACGUAUCCGGCACGAGCGUGGGCAGCGACGCAGACGACGACGGCGGUGUUGGCAUCUCGCCCGACCAGUUCACGCUGGUCGAUGUGAGCACGCUGAAGCCCAAAGAGCAGCAGGAAGCGGACGAGCCGGAAACGGAGGAUGACGACGAUGAGGAGCCGGCGACGGUGGUGGUGCGCACAGUGGUUGAGGAAAAAGUGAUGGCGGAAGAGGAGGAGCAGGAGCAAGGACCGAUUGGCGGUUUGCUGAACGGUUCCACCAGCGCUGCCUUGGUGGUGGAGUUGGAAACGUCGGAAAGCAGUUCGAUCGUUGAGGCAGGAGAUGAGGUGACGCCGGCUGGGGAGUGUGAACGAUCGAGCCCAACCGUGCUGGAUAAGUUUGCGUCCGUCGAGGAUGUUAUUAGGCUGUCGUCGUUGUCGUCGUCGUCUCCAUCGCUGCUAGAUGAGGCGGAAACGGCCGACGGUGAAACGAUACAGCUGAUCGACGAUUACGUCGAUGCGGUCGCUACCGUUCGGGAGGGUGGAAGCGAACGAACAGCGACAGUAGAAGCAGUGGCAGUAGCAGCAGCAGCAGCAGAGGUGGUCCAAACCACCGCCGAACAAAUACAGGGCACGACGAAUGGCGAAGAGGAGGAGGAGGCGAGCGACGGAUCCGACUCCGGGUUGGGGUUGGAGCCGGCGCGCAGUGUGGCAGUUAAUAGCAGUGGCAGCACUAGCAACAGUAGUAGCAGUAGUAGUAGUAGCAGCAACAAUAGUCCACUGCAGCGACCACCACCAAUUAAGAGCAGUUUGAAGCGACGCUCGGAACCACCGGUGGACGCUGGCCAGCGGGAGACGGAGGAAGGCGCUAGCAGCCAGAAACGGCCCAAGAAGGGCAUCACCUUUGAAGGGGUGACGGUGUUUUACUUUCCUCGCAUACAAGGCUUUGGCUGUGUGCCGUCCCAGGGUGGCUGUACACUGGGCAUGGAGUUUCAGCACGUGCACUCACGCCGUCUAACGCUGUCGGAACAUUCCGCCGAACAGCGGAAGGUGCACCGGCAGCAGCUGCAGGAGCUCAACCCGCGCAGCUCGUCCAGCGAGGACACCAGCAGCGAGGAGGAGCCGAGCGAGAGCGGCUCGGAGGCGGAGAGCGAAUCGUACGGCUUCCUGCAGCCGGUCUCGACGCGGCAGCGGCGCGCCCUGCUCAAGGCGGCCGGCGUGCGCAAGAUCGAUCCGUCGGAAAAGGACGACUGCCGGGAGAUACGGACCUCGCGGGAGGUGUGCGGCUGCACGUGCCGGGGCUUCUGCGAUCCGCACCGGUGUGCCUGCAGCCUGGCCGGCAUCAAGUGUCAGGUCGAUCGGCCCAACUUUCCGUGCGGCUGCACGCACGAGGGUUGCGCGAACACGGCCGGCCGGGUCGAGUUUAAUCCGGGGCGCGUGCGGACACACUUUUUGCACACGAUCAUGAAGCUGCGGAUGGAAGGGGCAGGAGAGGGCAAAGCGGUGAUGGAAGCGGCUGGUGGUAGCUCCGCUGCUGGCGGUGGUGGUGUGAGUGAUGCAAAUGCGGGUUGUGGUGUUGGUGGCUAUGUGAUAGGCGGUGAAAAGAAUUGGUCCAACGGUCCGGUACGAUUACCGCCCAGUAGUAUGGUGGUGGGCUACGGGACGGACAUGCCCGCGUCGACCGUUCCGGAUAUGGUCGAUGGGACGGGGUCGAACCAUCAAGUGCCGGGCAUGCUGCCUCAGCAUCUCCCGAUGGUUCUGCUGGACGGUAUGCACCACAGCGCUGCAGGCGUUCUUCAGCAGCAGCAGCAGCAGCAGCAUCAUCUAUCACAUCAAUCCUUACCACCGUACCCUAAUCACCUUGGUGUAGAUGAUGGAAUGCAUCAAAACUAUCCCUCAGCGACGUCGGACUCACUCAGCCUGCACUACGGCUCUUACCGAGAUUACUACGGCGGUAUAGAGAGCGGUACGAUAGGAGACGGUACACACCCGGCAGGGAUGCCUCUUCAUCAUCAUCAUCAUCAUCUUCCCGCCACGACCAGUAGCAGCAGCAGCAUCGAACCGUCGUCGUCGUCCACCGCACUGCACGCGAACAUGUAUUACACCGACAGCUACGCUAGCUUCCAAGCACAAGCCGAUUCAAGUACAGCGGCGGCUCACAUUGAUCCUUACCGGCAUAAUCCGCUGGUAGUCGGGCCCUUACACCACCACGUACCGAGCAGCACGACGGCAGCCGUGUCACGCCAGCACAUGCUUACGACGGGUCACGACCGACCGACGGCCAGCACGUCGUACGUCGAGAGUCUAAGGCCCGACGGUGAGCCUGCGCCUCCUACGCUCAGCCUGCCCGAGAAGGGUUUGUUGCCGCAAGUGCCUCUACAAGCCGUCAACGGUAACGCGUCCCAGACGCCGACUGCCAGUUCGACGACCCUUGUUCCCUGCAGCGAACAGGCGACGUUGGAUCAAUCGUUUCGGUCAGAUUCCGAGCACUGUGAUCCGAACGUGACGGUCAUUAGCGAUGCCACCACGCUCAGCACAAUCGAUUCCAGUGGCGAUGUGGUGACGCUCGUCAUUCCGGACACUAGCCGGACCGACACGUGCGAGAUCGUUGACGAUGAUGAUGGUGAUGGUGAUGGUGAUCGCCCGAAAGGAAGCAACUUAAACUGCCCGUCGAGCGACUUUAUCGAUCUGGAAACACCGCAGGCUGAUAAUGCGGAACGGCUCGAGGCCAUCAACGAUCUGCUGGCCAGCAGCCGGAAUACGCUCAGCAUCGUGCGACCUUCGAUCGUGGCGGAGGAAGAUGACGAGCUGCGGGACUUUCAACAUCCGCCACCGGAACCGUCGGAGAGCGCAAUCUGCUACGAGGAAGAUGACGACGUGGACGAUGGCGGCGAUGACGACGACAGUGACGACGUGAUCCUGCGUGGUGGUGGUGGUGGUGGGCUUCGUGUGACAAGAUCAGCGAAAGAUCGCGAUCCACCACCGAGAAGCUUUUACGGAUCGGGUACGCUAACAAACGGUACCACUACCAGUAAAGCUGCCGAACAGCAGCAGCUGCAUCAGAAACGGACGCGUUGCCCUACCGUUGGAGAGGAAUGCAGUUCUUCCCACAAGCGGAUGCUGCAAAAUGGUUCCGCCGAUGAGGAGGUUCCCUUCGUUUCUGCGUACACUGCAGACGACGUCCCGGCGGCAGCAGCAGUGGUAUCGUCCAGUACGGCCAACCUGCUCGCUGCUGCCUCCGUCGGUUCGCUCUCCUCUGCGGCACUAGAACCUAGCGAGAAUUUGUGUGAGAUUAUCAAAAACAGUAUCGUGGAAACGGCUGUGUCACACUGAAAGGGGGUAGGGGGGAGAUGUCGAAGACUCGAGAGAGGAAGUCGGUUUGUCCUUAAGCUUUGAGCCUGUGUUAAUUACAAUUUUCCUUUUGUUGCUCUUUUGUUUCCCAUUUUUAACGUUCUGCUGAUGGUGGUUCUGACUUUGAAAUCACUGUUUCGUUCAAGGUGACAUUAUUGGGGGUAGAAUGCAGCUUUCCCUCUUGUUACUUCGGUAUCAUAUUUUAUUGGUUACACAUUCUUUUCUUCCAUUUUCUUCGCGUAACGCCGUUUGGAGCGAACCACCGUUUUCGCACGGAACGAAUCGCUAUUGCGUUAUUGUUUUGUGCUAUAUAUCGAAUCGUUUCUGAUUUACUUGUACGGUUGUCCGUAUUUCCAAAGAUUCAACUGCGCAUGUUACGCAUGAGCGAGCACUCUUUUCUUUCUCUAUUCUAUAAUCGUUUUAUCCAACGGCAAGCAAAACACAAACGAUCGAAUAUAAGGGCAUCGUAUUUAUAUACCGUUUGAACAUAAUAGAAGCUAAUUUAAUUUAAGAUUCAUCCGAUCGUGCUCUGCUGUAGCGAGAGAGAGAGAGAGAGAGAGAGAGCGAACGAUCGCAUUGAGCGCUAAAUCGGAGGCAACGACUUAGAAAGAGCCCCAUUAGCAUGGAAGCAAUGCGUUAAAAUCGACACCUGAAGUAGGAAUAAUGUAGUGUCGAUAGCAGGGGAGGUUUUGUGUAAAUACCAUUAAUGUACGAUGUACAUAUGUCAGCAGAUUAGUCUAGUGAGGUUCAAAGAAAUUUGUAAGUAGUAGCAAAACAAACCAUUAUUCCAGGUCAAAAAGGGGGGGGGGGGGGCAAAGUUAUUAUGCAAAAAUCCCCAAAAAACUACUUACACAGGCACACAGCAAAUUUACGGUACGAGUACUACGAACCACUAUAUCGAGGGUCCACCAUCCUACCAGUUGUUGAUGCGGCCGCUGCCUUUAUGUGCUUGAAGCAGAGCUGCUUAAGUGAAAAAGAGACAAGCCCAUUGUAAGCGCGUAGUGAAAGGGCCGCAGCCGAGGCUACACGUAACACGGAGGAACAAAACGUUACGCAGGAAACAAGAUAUCUAUAAAACAAAGGAAAUUAAAAUAAAAAAAUGGUAUGAAAAUCUUUUAAAAUA